UCGCUCCAUUUUAUCACCUGGGAGGACCGGUAUUUUCAAUUUCAGUAACUUUUAGAGGAAAUUUUUGAAAAAAGGACUGCACACACGCACCUUUUCUUCCUUCUCGUUCUUUAAAAGGUAACAACGGAAACAAUUCAUUCUGCAGGCAAUCUGCGCUAGUCCCACGGAUAGGCGAUUAACAAGAGAUAAAGAGGUGUGGCUCCCAGAGGCGGUACUGUUACCCCUUCUGGUUGGCGGGUACCACGUUGAAAGGUCGGGGUACGGGCCCACUGCGACUAGCACAAGGAGUGCUGAACUGAGCUAUGCAAAGUUCUGACGAGAAGGUGGAACGGUUCUUAAUGAAAAGGAUUAAGGAAUCUAAAUCGGUUUCGCUAAAUUAGACACAUCUGCCUAAGCAGCCACAGCCUGUUCGCAGCAGGGGCGGAAGACAAACCAACGCCGUUCAGUCGCCGGCAACUCAGCUCUGGAGUAGACGCACUCUACGAAGAUACCCGGGUUUCCGGAGCAACCGCCCGAGCCCUCCCCCUUUAGCCCCGCCUCGAGUCGCUUUCCCGCCAAAGGCCGUUACCGCCGCAGAGCAUGGUGGGACAAGGCUUUAAGGCUAGGUUUCACCAAGUCCUUUGAAGGCGCCGAGUUGCUUUCAAAGAUCCUCAUUCCUGCGGAAAUUGACUAUCCUUCAAGACCCGACCUGGAUGACUAGCUCCUUUAACGAGAGUUCUUUAACUUUUACCAAACAGCUGCUCACUCUAUUCGGAAACCACCACAAGCGGGGAACGCGGGGGACUUUUUUUCCCCCUUCGUGCGGAGGGUGACGUCGCGCGUGCGUGCGCGUGCGUUGCGCGUAUCCCUCGCACCAUCCGUUCUGCUCCCGCGCGUGCGUGUUGGGAUCGAAUCGCUGUUUCCUUCCGCUUCUCUUCCUCUGUCUCCCCCCCAUAUCCGUGCGCCGAGCUGAUAAAGGCGCCAUUUUGGAGGGGCCGUGGGAGACGUGGUGCCGCUGCGGGCUCGCUCUGCGGUGCGCUAGGCUUGGUGGGAAGGCCUGUUCUCGAGUCCGCGCUUUUCGUCACCGCCAUGUCGGGAGGUGGUGUGAUUCGUGGCCCCGCAGGGAACAACGAUUGCCGCAUCUACGUGGGUAACUUACCUCCAGACAUCCGAACCAAGGACAUUGAGGACGUGUUCUACAAAUACGGCGCUAUCCGCGACAUCGACCUCAAGAAUCGCCGCGGGGGACCGCCCUUCGCCUUCGUUGAGUUCGAGGACCCGCGAGACGCGGAGGACGCGGUGUAUGGUCGCGACGGCUAUGAUUACGAUGGGUACCGUCUGCGGGUGGAGUUUCCUCGAAGCGGCCGUGGAACAGGCCGAGGCGGCGGCGGGGGUGGAGGUGGCGGAGCUCCCCGAGGUCGCUAUGGCCCCCCAUCCAGGCGGUCUGAAAACAGAGUGGUUGUCUCUGGACUGCCUCCAAGUGGAAGUUGGCAGGAUUUAAAGGAUCACAUGCGUGAAGCAGGUGAUGUAUGUUAUGCUGAUGUUUACCGAGAUGGCACUGGUGUCGUGGAGUUUGUACGGAAAGAAGAUAUGACCUAUGCAGUUCGAAAACUGGAUAACACUAAGUUUAGAUCUCAUGAGGGAGAAACUGCCUACAUCCGGGUUAAAGUUGAUGGGCCCAGAAGUCCAAGUUAUGGAAGAUCUCGAUCUCGAAGCCGUAGUCGUAGCAGAAGCCGUAGCAGAAGCAACAGCAGGAGUCGCAGUUACUCCCCAAGGAGAAGCAGAGGAUCACCACGCUAUUCUCCCCGUCAUAGCAGAUCUCGCUCUCGUACAUAAGAUGAUUGGUGACACUUUUUGUAGAACCCAUGUUGUAUACAGUUUUCCUUUAUUCAGUACAAUCUUUUCAUUUUUUAAUUCAAACUGUUUUGUUCAGAAUGGGCUAAAGUGUUGAAUUGCAUUCUUGUAAUAUCCCCUUGCUCCUAACAUCUACAUUCCCCUCGUGUCUUCGAUAAAUUGUAUUUUAAGUGAUGUCAUAGACAGGAUUGUUUAAAUUUAGUUAACUCCAUACUCUUCAGAACUGUGAUAUUGUGUAAAUGUCUAUUCUGCCCUGGUUUGUGUGAACUGGGAUGUUGGGGGUGUUUGUGGUUAUCUUACCUGGGGAAGUUCUUAUGUUUAUCUUGCUUUUCAUGUGUCUUUCUGUAGACAUAUCUGAAGAGAUGGAUUAAGAAUGCUUUGGAUUAAGGAUUGUGGAGCACAUUUCAAUCAUUUUAGGAUUGUCAAAAGGAGGAUUGAGGAGGAUCAGAUCAAUAAUGGAGGCAAUGGUAUGACUCCAAGUGCUAUUGUCACAGAUGAAAUUGGCAGUAUUGACCUUAUACUAAAAGGCAGGGGUUAAAAAUGAUUAUAUACGUUUUCCUUAAAACACUUGCAAACAUUUUAUUCAGUUAUCUUUAGCUACAAUUGCUUUGCUCUUUAAACCUUGGCAAUUGUGGCAAAAUUAUAUUGCCCAUUUUGUAGCAACUUAUUUUGCUCCCUUCCCCCCAUUUUUGUUUUAAUAGGGACUAAUGUGGGAAGAACUGGCUAAUUUGUCACAGUGCUUAGUUACAACUGUUAAUGUGUGACCUGCUGUUGGUGUACAUGUGGGUACAGGGUGUCUUUAAAUCCAACAAGAUAGAGUAUAAUAUCAAUACUGCUAAAUCUGCAUGUCCUCUGUGUGACUGAUAGAGCGUUGCUAUUUCAUUUUUUUAAGACAAAAUGAAAGCAAAAUAUAGAGUUCCAAUGUAUUGGUGUAGAUAAUCUAGUUGGGAAUACUUUUAAGUCUCACCUUCCCCUUUAAACUAAUAUUCAUAAUUGAUUCAUAUGUUUAAAAGAUUUUAAUUUACAAAUUAAAUUGCAAAUGGGAGCAUUAGAUAUAGUUUUAGACUUAGGUGGGUAGCAAUGCCAGUAAACUUAAAUUACGUAACUUCUUGCAACCACGAAACCUGUAAUACGCUGUACAGUAACAAGUGUUGGCAUUAUCAGUUGAACUGUAAAUACAAAAUGCUUCUUCCAAUUAGUCUCUAUGAUGAUUAAGUUUCUAAAAUUUAUCUGAACACCAUUCAGAAACUUGUUUUGGGGAAUUUGAUAGUUAUUGAUGUGCAUCUGUUAAACUGAUGACAGACAUAACUCAUCAUUCCCCAGAAACCUUUUUUGAUUACAGUAUCUAACAUUUUGCCUCCUCUUUUUUGGUUUUGCUGGUUAUAAAGGUUUGGAUUGGAGAGGGCUCACUGGAUCCCAAUCCUUGGAGCUGGAUCAUUGGAUUCAAAUCAUAAUGUGGAUAGGAUAGGGAGGAUGAAUUACCAGGAUUCAUGGAGCGGGAUCAGAUUACCAGGAACAUAGGAGUGGAUUCCUGCCCCAACCAAACCGCAUUCGUGUGGAUUUUUUUAUUCAACUUAAUUGGCUAUUCCAAAGAUUUUUUUUUUUUCCUAUUUUUGACGAUUGGAGCCCUUAAGAUGCACGAUGGAAUUGUGUUUUGCGUUUUUUGGUAAAAGGAGCAAAGCGAGGACCUGGAGAUAAACGCUGGAGCAAUCUCCUUGGAAGGAUUCAGCACGAGUAGAUGGUAAACAUUUAAAGGGGAAAGGGGGGGUUUGUUUAAAAUAGUAAAUCAGUAAGUCACUUCUAAAUUUAAAGAAAACAAAAUUGGAGUUGAAGAAUAAGUAGGUUUCCAAUUGGCUAUUGCCGUUUUUCUUUGAAAAAAUAAACAUUUUUUAAAAAACUAUGCAUGGUUGUCCUUUUUCCUCUUCAUGUAAGAUUCUAACUGGGUCUAUCAGUUAAUCUUUAAAUUGUUAAGUAAGAUAAGAUUUUGACUCUUGUAUUAAUGUGUUAGCAAAUUAAAAGUUCUUAAAAGGCACUAUAAUGGUAUUAGCCAUCUUUUAUUGUUAAUUGUAAAAGUCUUCAGGGGAAGGCAAAAGGGGAGAAUAAGGCAUUUGUGUAUGUAACUUGGUAAAUGACGGUGGGGGGUUGGAUCUAGCAUCUGAAAGAUAAGCUUCUCUACUUUGUUAUAAAGUGGCUAAAAAACUAGAUGCUGCUUAUUUUCUGGUGGUCAUAGAAAAUAUAGGCUUUUGUGCAAAGUUGGUUGAUGGCUAGUAAAUUAAUGUUCACUUGGAGAUAGCUUUUGAUAUUUUCAAUGAAACUCAUCUCAGAAAAAGGUAAGUAUUAAAUGUUAACAUCAGCACAGAGGUAUUAGAACUGUUUUUUGUUUUUGAGACAGAGUCUCGCUUUAUUCCCCCGACUGGAGUGCAGUGGUGUAAUCUGGGCUCACUGCAACUUCCACUUCCUGGAUUCGAGUGAUUCUCGUGCCUCAGUCUCCUGAGUAGCUGGGAUUACAAGUGUGUGCCACACUUGCCUGGCUAAUUUUGUAUUUUUAGUAGAGGUGCAGUUUCUCUGUGUUACCCAGGCUGGUCCCAAAACUCCUGGCCUCAAGUGAUCUGCCUGCCUUGGCCUCCCAAAGUGUUAGGAUUACAGGUGUGAGCCACCAUGCUCGGCCUGUAGAACUUUAAACACAAGUCACAUUUCUUUUUUGAAAGGGAAAGAGUGUACAAGAUUAACUGCUUCUUUGGAUGAAUCAUUGCUAAUAAAAAGCUGGGCAUUUAGCAUUUUGCCUUAUAAGCCCUUCUCAUCCAUAAGAUUAUUUUGUACCUAAAAGUUUGGUGUUCUCUACCAAAGCAGUUGUUAAAAACUUGUAGUCUGCUACUUUUUGUAUUUGUCUACUGACAGCCCCUUGAUACUAUUUAGGUUGGGGGAGGGGACCUAAAAUAAGUAACUAGACUUUAUUUCCCUCGGGUGCUAAUCAUAGUUGGAAGUUGAAUUUAAGGUGAUUAUUCGGGUGACAAUUAAAAACCUAGGGAAAACCAGAAAUCUUGGUAGUGGAAGAAAUGUGUAAGGUUACCCCAAUCAGAUUUUAAUGAACGUUGUGGAAUGUUGGAACGAGGGGAUGUUGAAUGCAGAAUUUCACUAAGUAAAGUACUUAGUUUAAAUUUAUUAAGGAUGUAGCUCUUUUUAUGUAAGAAUUUAAUGUAAUGGCCAAAAGGCAGAUUUACUGUUUAACAUUUGAAUAAUUUUACAUGACAUUCUUGAAGUUCUAAGUUCUGUUUUAUGUGUAGAACAUUUAAAAAAUUCAGAUUAUUAAAGGGAAAAUAAAUGAUUAAUGAUCAUUUUGUAAGGUUAAUGUGAGCUAGACUUAAGCAAACUUGGUUCAUUUGUGUUCAUUGAAUGUUUUGGAAACCACCAAAAAAUGUAAAUGGCCUUCACUCAAGUUUGAGUGUUUAAAGUUGAAAGAUGUGCUCAAGUAAAAGUUAACGGUAAUUCUAACUUCACAUUGAAAUGAGACAGCAUUCCUUGUUAUACAGGCUGAAUUUGAAGAUUAGAGAGGACUUCAUGUUUACUUAUGAAAGGUAAAGGGGCAUAGAUUUUGUAGUUAAGAUGACCAGACAGCUAAAAGCUGUGAUGGGAAGUGUGGACUGCUCCUAUUUAUAGUCUCAGAAAAUGGACCUUUAGGUCUCUAUCCAUAUUGGCAAUUAUUAAAGUUACACCCUUUUGAAACUACAAAAGCUGUCUUGGAAUUUCCCCCUCUUCUCCCUAUUUAUGUCCGCUUAGAAUGUUUUAGGGAGCCUAUAAUUAUUUUCUAACCAAGGAAAAACUUAAGUCUCUUUAAGAAGCAAUUACUUUUCAUAACAUCAGAUUGAAUAACCCACCUUGCUGUUCAGCCCACAUCCUACUGGAAACAAAAGGUAAGAAACCCAUUUUCUGGUUCCUGAUUGUUUGGGUCUGAAUUUUGUUUUUAAAGUGAAGCUAAGUUUAAUAUUUUUAAAAAUGAUGUUUGGAAUAUGAAUAGAUUCCCCAUAAAAUGUUUUUUCCUGUUUUAUGCUUUAGAAAAUAUUCAGUGCUCAAACGUCUGCGCAUCAUAGUGCUUGCAUUUAAUAUGAUUUAUUGUAGAAUCUCAACUUUUCUUGGUGUUGCCUUUGAAACAUUGUCUUGGUCAUUAGGGCUGGUGUUUUCACAUUUCUGUGGUCAAGGUGAAUUUCUUAUGUGUGCCUUUUUGCUUACUUUGUAUAUGAAUUUUGUAAUUUAAAUUGCAAGUAAGUUAUAUAUAUGUAUUUACCAUAAAUAGUAUUAAAAGAUGAGAAACUGUUAGACUGAAGUUCUGUUGUAACAUAACCACUCUUAUUUCCAUCACAGUAUGAAGAGUGCAAACGCAGAAAACAGAUUACAGUCUCUUAUCCAUUUUUUGAAAUCCAAAAACUAUAUGAAAACGAAAGAUUUUCUGUUGUUGAGCUAAUUAAAUGUGAAACCUGA